AUGUCAUCUGUCAAACCAUUAUGGUAUAGAUGGGCCAGGGUUUAUUUUGCUGGAGGUUGUUUAGUGGGUACUGGAUUCUUAUUAUAUUAUACUAUUAGACCAACUGAUGAACAAUUAAUUGCUAGUUUUUCACCAGAAGUAAGAGAACAUUAUGAAAGAAAUAAAGAAUUAAGAGAAGCUGAACAACAGAAAUUAAUGGAAAUUGUCAAGAAGACUUCUUCUUCAAAUGAUCCUGUUUGGAAAGCUGGUCCUAUUGGAUCCCCAUUUGAAAAAGAACAAAGAAACUUGUCUAUGCAACUUGUUGAUGCUGAAUUAUUUCAUAAAGAAAAAUUUGAAAAUCAACAAAAACAAGAAAUCGCUAAAGCUAAUUUGGAAGUUGAAGAAGCUGAAAGAUUGUUAUCAGAAAAGAAAAAGAAGAAUUCAUCAUGGUGGAAAUUCUUUUAA